AUGACGUCUGAAAGAGUUCCCGUGCCCGCCAUAUCGAAUCCAGAUUCGACCGAAGUUGAUACUGUUCCUACAAUUUCAAGUAUUGAAAACAGUAAAGAUGAAACGGGCUCAAUCAGGCAAACAAAGGAAAGCUUUUCAUCCGAAGAAAAUUCGACAAAAAAUAUUUCUCGUGAGGAUUAUAAUACUUUUGAUACAACAAAGUUCAAACCAAUUGGUUUAAAAGCGACAGAUAUGGAAGAUAUGAUUCGUGAAAUUUCAUCAGGCUAUAAAGUUCCGGAAAUUCUUGUAAAAUCUUUGUUUGAUAUGAACUCACGUAAUCGUACUUCGGAUGGUCGAAUCAGAUCGAGUGAUCGUAUGUUUGUUCUCAACUUAGAGUCGGAAAUUGUGGAUUUUAUUGUCAAGCCCAAUGUGGAUUCAUGGAAGCUGACACCCCUCAAUUCUUACUACAGGCUUCUUACUCACAAAUUAGCUGAAUAUUACAAUUUAGGGCAUAUUUUGUCUAAUGAUGGAUACUCAAUGGUCCUUUUCAAGAUAAAUACAUCCCUUGUCAAUGCUGAUGAUGAGAUAAAGCGGACAGCGAAGUUUGACGAAGACGGAAAUAUCAAGCCCUUGGAUUUUAGGAACCUAAAAUUCGAUCCAAUGGAAAAAUUGAAUAGAGUAAAAUUAUCGCAAAUAUAUGGCGCUUAUAAGGAAAAGUUUCAUUGUGUUGAUGCUGAGUCUCUACCUUCAGAAGUCGGGCUAGUCAGUUCUGAAGCAGGUAGCAAUAAUGCUUCAAAUAGCACUACCAAUGGCUUUAUUUCUGGCGGUCGGAGGAAUAUACGUAUUAUGAGAAGGCAUCCCUCCUCAAGAUCUUCUUCUUCUUCAAUUGUGACAUCGGCUGCUAGCGCCACAACUUCAGUCAGUAGGAGAGAAGAUGGAAGAUUCAGCCGAGAACAAAAAUAUCAACAGGCGAAGGAUAGAGUUGCUCGCGAGGCAGGGGACGAAGAAAGCAACGGAGAUCCGUUUGAAGACGGUGAUGGAAAUAAUUCUCCAGAUGGUUCGAAUGACGAAGAACCACAACCAAAUGAUAAUAGUAGAAUGAUGCAGAGACAUGGAUCUUCAAACUUUGGCAAGUUCAGAAGAAAUAAUCGGCGAUACAAUACCUACAAGCACGACUAUAGAUACAACAAAUAUCGUGGUUAUGGACCACAAAAUCCGUACAAUAAUUGCAGUAUUAUUUCUGGAAGAUACCCGGGCUCAACAUAUACGGAUCAAUCGAUGCAGCAAUCUCCGUUUCAGUCUUCAUUAUCGCCACAACCAGGCAUGCCACCAUACCCUUUUUUCACUCCAUAUCUGUGUGGCUAUCAAUAUAUACCACAACCACGCAUCCCAAACUCUCCUGGUUCCUCCCCAUCUCCAGGAACAUCACCUAUUAUUCCAGGUGCAGUUCCACUUGGGUCCCCAGCAAGCCCAACUUACGGCUUCUUCUACCCACCCGCAUAUCAAAAGAUAAACUCCGUGGAUGCUUCAUCGCAAAAAGGAGGUCAGCAACCAGAAGGAGGUGCCAAUACCAAGAAUCAAGAUAAAGAAGUGAGAGGCAACUCGAAGGGGGAAGUACAUACCAGCGAAAAGCCAUCCUCUGACAAAUCGCAAGCCAAGCCGGAAAAAAUAUGCAUUGACAAGAAAGUAGCAUCAUCAGCAAGUAAUCAUGCCUCCUCCCCGAUCCAAUCUGAAGGUGAUGUUUCUGGUGCCGGCAAUUCGCAAUCAGUUGCUAGGCUACCUCAACUACCACCACCUCCUCCUCCAUCAAUAUCCCCAACAGGGACCGUUCUGCCUGUCUUUUAUCCACCAUCGCCAUUUAUGGAUCCAUCAGCAGGAGGAGUACGGUCUCCAACAGCAAUUCCAGUUAACUUAGGUCCUGCCAGUCUGCCUAAUAUUCCACAACAGCAGUUCAUGAUUCCGUCAUCGCCAAAUGCACCGGGUUACAUGUUCAACUCAAGGGAUGCGGGACAGCGAUAUCACAAUAACGAACAUGCUGGUGGACGGAGACGCCAGCAAUACAACCGAUAUAACUACAGGUAUAGCAGUAACAAUUUUGAUAUGAACAGGGGUGGAGGUUACAGAAGUCACACAGAUAGCAACAGCAACAGCAACAACAGCAAUAAUAAUAAUAGUAGUAAUAAAGAUGGCAACAGUGGCAACAACAAUCAUAGAUUUAAUGGGGGUAAUAGGCACACAAGUGGAUUUGGUAGGCCACAGCACUACUCUAACGAAAGUCGUGAUGAUCAGGAUAUAGAUAUACAGUCAUCAAGCCAGUUGAAUGGUGAAAAAGGACCGUCAGAUGCUAGCACCUCCUUUUCCGAUUACACUCCCACGAGCACAGAAGAUACCCAAGCAUCCGAGGAGAAGAAUCCUGAGGGGAUUGCUCCUAAAACGUAG